GUCACUUUAUAAUACCUAUAUUAUUGUUCACAUACUUAUUGCCGCUAGUACGUACAUUAUAUUUUAAUGUAUAUUUCAUCGAAAACAUUAUAUAAAAAUACGUGAGUUAUUAUUAAAAUAAUAAAAACAUCAAUACGACAUUGGCGGUUACGAUUAAAUUAUACGUUAUAUUACUUCUUAAUAUGCAAACCGAAUCUUCUUUGGAAUAUGUGCUGAUAAACUAUCGAUGGAUGUUCGUGAUUUUCUUUCUUUUGCCGUGUACCGUGUUGGGUAAGAUAUGGUCGGUGUUCGAAAAAAGUUUAUGGUCACGUCAUUCCGGACUGGAACACGAGAAAAAUGUUAGCAAUAUUCAACGUCAGAUCCGACAUCGAAAUCAACAUGCUCCCGACCGAGUUAUGUGUACGGCUAGACCAAGUUGGAGGAGUAUGACUAUAGCUGACAUGAUUUACAAAAAAUACAUGUUCAAUAUAAAUGUACAUCUGGAUGGAAUCAUUUCGAUCGAUGCUAAUUUACGAAUAGUCCGAGUAGAGCCGGGUAUUACCAUGGGGCGAUUGAUUCCCAUUUUGAUUGAAUCCGGUUGGACGGUGCCCGUGGCCUUAGAUAUGGAAGAUCUAACCAUCGGCGGUCUCGUUAUGGGAAUUGGAUUGGAAUCGUCAUCGCACAAAUUCGGAAUAUUUCACGAAUCAUGUAUACGUUACGAACUCAUUACGGCCAACGGUGAUUUGAUUAUAUGUUCAAAGUCCGUGAACACAGACAUUUUUGAAUCCGUACCAUAUUCGUAUGGCACUUUGGGAUUUUUAACAGCGGUCGAUAUUCAAAUAAUACCAGCGAAAAAAUAUGUAAAACUUAAGUACCGUCCAAUUCGUACUUUGGAAAAAAUGGAGUCUAAAUUGAUAGUGGAAACUAAUGAUUUAGAGCAUAACGAUUUUGUUGAGCUUUUAAUAUACAACAAAGACGAGGGAGUUUUGAUGACUGGAAAAAUGACAGAUGGCCAUAAAGACACUAAAAAGAACGUGAACAGAAUUGGUCGAUUUUACAAACCAUGGUUUUUCAAACACGUCGAAUCAUUUUUAUUGACAUGGAAAAUUGGCGAGGAAUACAUUCCACUAAAAGAUUAUUAUUUUAGACAUAAUAAAUCAUUAUUUUGGGAAAUUCAGGAUAUAAUACCUUUCGGUAAUCAUCCAGUUUUUCGUUAUCUACUAGGAUGGUUGAUGCCAGCAAAAGUGGCUUUAUUAAAAUUGACACAAACAGAUACAAUCAAACAGUUGUAUGAUAAACAUCAUUUUAUAGAUGACUUCAUACUACCAAUUUCUACUUUAAAAAAAUCUGUUCAACAAUUUCAUACAACUCUUAAUAUUUAUCCGAUUUGGGUGUGCCCAGCAGUUUUGCGUCCAGGAAAAGGUCUUAUGCAUUCACAUACAACAGUAGACGAUAUGUAUAUUGAUAUUGGCUUAUAUGGUGAGCCUAAAGUCUCCGAAUAUAACGCGACUAUUGUAAGAGAUUUAGAAAUAUUCGUACUCAAAUUAAAAGGAUUUAAGAUGAUGUACGGAGGUACAUAUUUAAACAUAGAUGAGUUCAAGACAAUGUUUGAUCAUCGAUUGUACGACCGAAUAAGACAACAUCUUGGGUGUGAAUCAAACUUUCCAGAAGUAUACGACAAAGUAAAUAGGAAAGUUAGAAUAUAAUACAUUUUUAAUUUAUAUUAAAUAAAAAUUGAUUUAUAAAAUUAUUAUUAUAUUUUAACUAUUCAUAUUUUAUGAACAAA